AUGUGGUCGGCGCUGCAACGGGCCAAGCAGGCGACGUGCGGCUUCGUCCGUCGCCACAAGAAGCUGCUGGUUGUCACUAGCGUCAGUGCGGUAUGUACAGGAGGAGUGUACUAUGCCUAUGUUCGCAUGCGGGGAGAAGCCGAGCGCUUUACCGAGAAGAUCCAGCAGCAAAUGGCCGAGCACCAGCGUCUUCAAAUGGCACUAAGCAGCACAGCGGACGAGAGCCGUGCGACGGUGCAGCGUUUCCUGCCACGACUCAAGACGCGAUUGUACCAACAGAUGGAUCUGGAGAAAGUUGUGCAAGAGCUCAAGUCGCUGGACAAGACGCAGAAGAUGGAGCGCAAUGCGCUCUGGGAGAAGGCCAAGCUGCUGGCGUUCACGCGGUACUUGACGACGCUCGUGGCUUAUGGAUUGUGGCAUUUACUGGUCUUUUCUCAAGUCGCUAUUGUGGGUAAGAGAGUGUUUGAGAAGAGCAAGAGGCUGCAAGUGGUGGAACUGUUCCGGGAAGAAGCAGAGGAGCAGGCACACCAUGUCUUCCUGUCGUCUGGACUCGAGCAUUUUUUAGACAAAGCGCUGGGCAAGAUCAGAACUCAUGUAGAGACAGUGGUGAAGAACAAUACAGAUUUACGGGCGUGGCAAGUUAGUCGAAAGGUAGCGGUGCAGGCGGAAGAACUCAAUCAACUACUGCAAGCGCUGUUCCUGGCGGUACUGCCAUCACCGGCUGCCGUAGAAGCAGCGGCUACGCACGAGGAGUUGCCAGAAUUGAGCAUGUGGAGGGAGUUUUUGACCUACCCGGAAAAGCAAAAAGGUCAGGAUGAGCAUGUGAUUAGCCUCCUCAACGACUUCUGGGAUCUGCUGGAGAGUGAUCUAUUUAUGCCUGCAUUACAGAAUAGCCUGGGAUUUCUAUGUGGAAACGCUUUUCAGGACCUUGACGAUGUCGUCUAUGGGUCAAGCAACGCGGUUAACCGACCCGUUGAGGACAAUGCUGCUGACGUCUUGAUAAAGAAACCAGCACCGCCUCUUGCGAAGCUCAUUCCGUGCCUACAAGCAGAAACGAACAAGCUAGUGCUGUCUUCAGGACCUGAUAGUUACGCUGCGAGAUAUUCGCAGGGUGUGGAAGAGAUCGAGGCAUUCCGGAGCUUCUACGAGGCCAUUUUUUUCGAACAGAGUGCUCAAGACUCGUGUAUGGGACCAGCUCUUAUCUAG